UGUCUAACCACAGGUAGUACUCGGAUUACCCUGCCUGGUCUGUUCUCUGUCGCUGUUCUCUGCCGUCUGACUAGGACGGUGCGGCUCAGCCAGCCACAGCACUGGGAUUUCUCAGGGGGAGGGGGAGCAUGGAAUUCAGAAUUUUCACGACCAACGGAAAUAGAACAUAGAGCUCGUCCGGCCCAAGAGAAUACCUGAGUACCAUGGAGGGCGAAGAAGAGGGACCAAGAGAAGUUCCAGACAACGUGCUCGUUUCAGGCUCACUGAUGGGGGAUUUUGUGUCUGAUCGGACUCCCGUCCACGAAGCUGCGAUGAGAGGGCGGCUGCUCUCUUUGAAGUAUCUCAUCAGGCAGGGGUGGACUGUGAACCUCAUCACAGCAGAUAAUGUGUCCCCACUCCAUGAAGCCUGUCUCGGAGGUCAUCCCUCUUGUGUGAAGAUGUUAUUAAAGCAUGGAGCUCAGGUGAACGGCAUCACCUCGGACUGGCGCACACCCCUGUUUAAUGCUUGUGUCAGCGGCAGCCACGACUGUGUGAACUUGCUUCUGCAGCACGGAGCCAUCCCUUACCCUGCAAGCGAUCUGGCAUCCCCUAUCCACGAAGCUGCAAAGAGAGGCCACCUGAAGUGCAUCGAGUCCCUUGCAGCUCAUGGGGGCGACUUCGACCAUAACAUUGGCCACCUGGGCACUCCCCUGUACUUGGCUUGUGAAAACGAGCAUAUUGACUGCGUCAAGAAGCUUCUGGAUUCAGGAGCAAAUGUGAACCGAGGCCGGGGCCUGGACUCCCCUCUUCACGUGGUGGCUAGGGGGUCCAAUGUGGAGCUGGCCCGCCUGCUCAUGGACUUCGGAGCGGAUCCCCAGGCCAGGGAUGCUGAUGGCAAACGUCCCUCGGAGCUGGUGCCUUCAAAUAGCCCUCUGAUCGAAUUCUUCGUGGAGCAUGAAGGGCCCCCUUCUUUGAUGCAGUUAUGCCGCCUCAGAAUCCGGAAGUGCUUUGGGGUCCAGCAGCAUCAUAAGAUUGCCAGCCUCUUCCUCCCUGAGGAGCUGAAACGCUUUCUCCUUCACAUUUAAAUGUGUCAAACGGUAGACAAACCUUUACCGAAUGUUGUAUCCACUGGAAUUUAAAAAUAAAGUUCAGUUUAUAGACUACA